AUGAGUUCCUCCGGCUCUACUGCGGACGCAAAGGAAACAAAAACAUAUGGAGGUUGUGAAGGUCCAGAUGCUACCUAUGUGAAGUUGGUUAGUAGUGAUGGGCAUCAAUUCUUUAUCAAGAAGGAACUCGCUUUGACUUCUGGCACUAUCAAGGCUAUGCUGAGUGGACCCGGACAAUACUCCGAGAAUGAGAGCAAUGAAGUGAACUUUCGUGAGAUACCAUCGCACGUGCUCCAAAAAGUGUGCCAGUAUUUCGCAUACAAAGUUCGCUACACCAGUUCGGCGACGGAAAUCCCGGAAUUCAACAUUACUCCCGAAGUGGCGCUUGAGCUGUUAAUGGCUGCUAAUUUUCUUGAUUGCUAG